UGCUCAGAUAAAUCAGCGGCGGAUGGGAAGCUGUUCGGUUUAUACGUGUUGAAUUUUAGAACUUGCAGCGUAAGUCUCCGUCCCUUCGAUAGCUCAGCUGGUAGAGCGGAGGACUGUAGUUGACUUCCUGGCAAGACAUCCUUAGGUCGCUGGUUCGAUUCCGGCUCGAAGGAGACAAGGUCGCUUUUUUACCCCCAACUUUCCGUGACUUAGGCCCUUUUCCCGGGUACCCUUCUCCAGUACACAUUCCAUUCCAAAGAACAAUUGGAAGCCCUCGCGCUAUCGCUUCAGUUUUGGUCUGUGGCGCCAUCCCUCGUUGGAAGUCUUGCAAAUCCCGGAAGCGGGCACUUCUGUCCAAGUUCCAAGCGCGGCAGUGAGUCUGCGCUCGGCGGGGAGGCCGCCGGGUCCCGGCCUUCUGCUUGUUUCUAAACCGUGUUUGGCGUUUCCCAAGCCCCCGAGUAACACAGAAAAAGCCGGACGCGGCCACGCCGCCUUUAGGAUCAGCCGCGGGCGUCCCGGGGCCUCGGACUUUCUCCUCAGAUCCCCGGGCAGGGUCAGAGACGCGAGGGCUCCCUGCGGCUGCCCCGUGGAGGUGGGGCGUCCCCCAGGAAAAUCUUGUGCUCACGGGACCUGGGAAUCAGAAGAAACUCGGCGGGAAACACAUGAAGCGAAGAAAUGCCUAAAAGUUAUGAAGAAGAGUUGACACACUAACCCAUGUUCCCUUCGAUAGCUCAGCUGGUAGAGCGGAGGACUGUAGACUGCGUUGUGUGGCUAUCCUUAGGUCGCUGGUUCGAUUCCGGCUCGAAGGAGACACGAUACACUUUUCUUACUGUAGCCUUACUUUGGAGGAAGGUCAGGAACACGGUCGAGAUUAUUUCCUCACGUCUAAAUGCGCUAACGUCUCUCUAGGGGAAGACAUACGCAGCCGUGCCCAGCGGUGGGGGAUUAGCUCAAAUGGUAGAGCGCUCGCUUAGCAUGCGAGAGGUAGCGGGAUCGAUGCCCGCAUCCUCCAGUUUUUUCCCUGCGUCCCGUGUGGUUGUUUUUCUUUCGAUUCUCGACUCAACUCCGAAUGAAGCUGCAAGCCAGCCAUCCGGCAAGUGAAGGGUAUGGCGAGUUUGAAGUUACCCCUCUGUAAAACUUUCAGACACGGGAUAAUGGAUGCUGGCAGUUUAUCAUUCAAAGUUUAAAAGUUUAGACCCACUUAACUUUGGGAAGUUCGCAGUGGUUCUUUUUCUCUCCAAAAAUGGCGACAGAUCGCUGUCACAUCUUGCCAUUUCCACUCCUUUUGAUUUCUGAUUGAUGGCUGCACUUCCAGGGAUCCAUCCGGGACAAAGCUGCCAAUAGACUAGUUGACAGAUGGAAAAACAAAACUAAACAGAGAACUUAGAAAAGUACGCUGACUACUUGACACACGUUGAGCCGAGGAUGCAAGGACAGCCUGCUCCAUCUCAACUGCGUAGAGAGGGGGUGCCCCGCGCUGGGCAGAUCUGAGGUGGAUGGGCUAAGGCCUCUGGUACCUGAGGAGAGGAAUCGCUUGUAGAAACCAUUGGAAGCACCCUUUCCCGGGCAGUGACACGGGGACGGCCAGGAGAUGAGCGCAUCUUUGAAUUACAAGUCUUUUUCCAAAGAGCAGCAGACCAUGGAUAACUUGGAGAAACAACUCAUCUGUCCCAUCUGCUUAGAGAUGUUCACCAAGCCCGUGGUCAUUCUCCCCUGUCAGCAUAACCUGUGUAGGAAAUGCGCCAGUGACAUUUUCCAGGCCUCUAAUCCGUACUUGCCCACGAGAGGAGGCACCACCGUGGCAUCAGGGGGCCGAUUCCGCUGCCCAUCCUGUAGACACGAAGUGGUUUUGGACAGACAUGGGAUAUAUGGACUUCAGAGGAACCUGCUGGUGGAAAAUAUCAUUGACAUCUACAAGCAGGAGUCCACCAGACCAGAAAAGAAGACCGACCAGCCCAGGUGCGAGGAGCAUGAAGAGGAGCACAUCAACAUCUAUUGUCUGAACUGCGAGGUGCCCACCUGCUCUCUGUGCAAGGUGUUCGGGGCGCACAAGGACUGCCAGGUGGCUCCCCUCACUCAUGUGUUCCAGAGGCAGAAGGGUAGAGAGACAACGAAUGGCAUUUCGUUGAAGCACAACUUGAAAACAUUGCCUUCUGCUGUUGCUCAAGGCGAGUCGGAGCUCAGUGACGGCAUUGCUGUCCUCGUGGGAAGCAAUGAUCGAGUCCAGGGAGCAAUCAGCCAGCUGGAAGACACCUGUAAAACAAUUGAGGAAUGCUGCAAAAAACAGAAACAGGAACUUUGUGAGAAGUUUGAUUACCUGUAUGGCAUCCUGGAGGAGAGGAAGAAUGAGAUGACCCAAGUCAUUACCCGAACCCAAGGGGAGAAACUGGAACGUGUCCGUGCCCUGAUCAAAAAGUAUUCUGAUCAUUUGGAGAACGUAUCGAAGUUGGUUGAGUCAGGAAUUCAGUUCAUGGAUGAGCCAGAAAUGGCAGUGUUUCUGCAGAACGCCAAAACCCUGUUGCAAAAAAUUUCUGAAGCAUCGAAGGCAUUUCAGAUGGAGAAAAUAGAACAUGGCUAUGAGAACAUGAACCACUUCACAGUCAACCUCAAUAGAGAAGAAAAAAUAAUACGUGAAAUUGAUUUUUACAGAGAAGAUGAAGAAGAAGAAGAAGAAGAAGCAGUAAAAGUGGAAGAGGUGGAAAAUGUUCGAACAGAGUCACCAGGAGAAGAUGAAAGUCUGCAGACAGCUCUAGAGCCUGCUCAGCUGGCCCCGGAACUCCAGGCUGCCCCAGCGACACUUCCCACACCUUCGGUUUCCUCUCCAGAGCCACCUCCAGCCCUGCCGCCUGUUGUGGAUGCCCUAGUGACACAGGGGGAGGUUGUGCCCACUGGCUCUCAGCAGACCACAGAGUCUGAAACGCCAGUCCCGGCAGCCACGGACACUGCGGAUCCCUUGUUUUACCCUAGUUGGUAUAAAGGCCAAACCCGGAAAGCUACCACCAACCCACCUUCCACCCCAGGGAGCGAAGGUCUGGGGCACAUAGGGCCUCCAGGGUCUGAGGAAUCGAAUGUGCAGAAGGCAGAAGUGGCAGAAGCUGCAGCCAGUGAGAGGGCAGCAGUGAGUGGAGUUAGCAAUCUGCCUAGCACUUUUGGCUUUUCUUAUACUUCACUACAUCUGGAGUCAGAUUCAGUGCUUGAUUUUUACUUUAUUGGAUUGGAUUUGAGGACCCUCCCCUCCAGGCACAGGCUGCAGCUUCAGGGAGCGGGAAUGGCGCCGAUUCUGAGCCAGCUCGCCAUGUCUUCUCUUUUUCCUGGUUGAACUCCCUGAAAGAAUGAUGUUCAUUCCAACUGCUGCCCCUCUGUCUGCCUGGCUGAGAUGCACACAGGUAGCAGGGAGCCUAGAUGAAAUUAAUAUUAUGCAGAUGAUGAAAGGGACCUCUGGACAGGAUUUCUGCAAAAAAACCCCUUUAAUUCCAGAUGACUUAUGAGACACAUUAAGGAAAAGCAAUACUUUGAGAAAAUAAUUAUAGAAAGCAUUGGAAAACAGAAACUUGAUUUUAUGCAAAACUCUUAUUGCGGGGGAAACAUUGUGAAGGAUGUAUAAGUGUGGUACACGUGUGCGUGCGUUAAGAAGUGCAAGUGUUGAAAAAAGCAGGCACUACACAUUUGUCUCGAUAGGCACUGGCUUUGAAUAUUAUAUCAUAGUAGCUCUUAUUCUCUUUCCUUUUUACCAAUGCAGAUGGUCAGUGAAAUUCAGUGUUAAUGCAGAAGUGACUGAUUUUAUGAAUAUAUAGACAAAAGGUAAAUCAUUGACCAAAGGUAUGAAAUGUUUCACAAAGGUUUCCUCUUUUCCGUAAUACAUAUCGCUGGAUAUAUAUCUAGAAAUGUUCUUUGACUGGUGACACUGUCAUAGUCCAGAAGGCCUAAAGCUUAGGGCAUUUCUCUAAUCUUAGCUUUAAAUAUGCAGAUCCGGCAUUUUAACUGAAAAAAACUUUUCAACAGGAGCUAGCUACUGUCUCAUGUAUCCACUGAGGCACCAAUCUGCUAAACUGUAGAACAACUACAUGUAUUUAAAUAUAUAUACACACACACAAUACUGUAUUGUGUAUUGUGUAUUCUGUGUGUGUAUAUAUUUAAAUCAUGCUGUAUUUGUCCUACCAUAAUGCUUCCUUUAGAAUAUAAGUAUAACUUUACUCUGUAUGAACUUAAAUAAAUGCUGUUUUUAACAACUUA